AUGUUAAGUCCUAAAUGUGCAAACGGUUACUAUUCAACAUGCGGUUCUAACUGUCCGAUCACGUGUGAAAACUAUAACAAUCCGCCGACAUUUUGUGACUUUGUUUGCCGGGUUGGGUGUGUUUGUAACAAAGGCUAUGUUCUGUCCGGCACACAAGUACUAUUGUCUCGUAUUCGAGCACCAUUGCCGGUAUGCGUGAAUGGCAAAUACAGUUCGUGCGCUAGUCUAUGCGAAAAAACAUGCCAAAAUGUCAACAGUCCACCCAUGAUGUGCGCUGCGGUUUGCGUUAACGGAUGUGUCUGUAACCCGGGUUAUAUCAAGGAGUCUAGUAAUAGCCUACGAUGUGUGGCGGCGGCGAAUUGCGCAUGA